GCUGAAGCGUACAUGUGGGCGGGUCUAAGGUAGAAUUCUGAAUGGCCCCGGCGUGGAGCCGGUUGCCUGUGUGUGUGGCUCCCCUAUAGAGUCAUGCCGAGGCUCGUCUUGGUAGGUGCGAUCGCCAAGUGAGGGAGUGAGCUAGCCAGCUGGUCCAGAACGGGGCGCAAUGCGAUCUUCGCCGUGGUUGAACGCCGACCUGGCGGCGUGCAAGGCUCGGUGGCGGUGUCUGAGCGCUGCCUUCUUUCCGCUGGUUCUCCUGUCCCUUUUACUGCUGCCGCCGCCGCGUCUGGCUUCUGCCUCGGACCGUCUCCGGCAGGCCUGCAGUACAUGCCGCGGCAUCUCUGAGCGAUUCACGAAGGGUCUAACAGAUACUGCAAAAAAGAAUUUUGGAGGUGGCAAUACAGCUUGGGAAGAAAAAACACUAUCUAAGUAUGAGACCAGUGAAAUUCGUCUUGUAGAGAUAAUAGAGAACCUGUGUGACAGUAGUAACUUUGAAUGCAACAACAUGGUAGAAGAGCAUGAAGAACAUAUAGAAACUUGGUGGUUCAAAUGGAAGAAGAAAUAUCCUGAUUUGUUUAAGUGGCUCUGCAUAGAAACAAUUGAAGUUUGCUGCCCUAGUGGAAUGUACGGACCAGACUGCCUUGCUUGUCGUGGUGGUUCAGAAAGACCUUGCCAUGGAAAUGGCCGUUGUGACGGAGAUGGCACCCGAGGUGGCGAUGGAUCAUGCAACUGUAACAAAGAAUACAAAGGCGAAUUUUGUUUAGACUGCUCUGAUGGCUACUACAACUCUCACAAAAAUGAUACACAUUCUGUUUGUACAGCUUGUCAUAAUUCAUGUAAAACAUGCACUGGUGCAACUAAUGCAGACUGCACAGAUUGUAAAGAAGGUUGGAUCAGAAAUGAAGAAGCCUGUGUGGAUGUGAAUGAAUGUGUUGCAGAAAACUCGCCUUGCAAGACUGACCAAUAUUGCUUAAACACAGAUGGAUCUUUCUCAUGCAAAGUAUGUGAUCUUAGCUGUUUAGAGUGCACUGGAGAAGGACCUACCAAAUGUAAAAGCUGCAUAACUGGGUAUACAAUGGAAGAUGAAAAAUGCACAGAUGUAGACGAGUGUACUUUGCCUGACAAAGUCUGUGUAAGGGAAAAUGAAGACUGCAUCAAUACCCCCGGUGGUUAUAAAUGUGUCUGUUCAGAUGGUUUUCAAGACAUGGAGGGGGUCUGUGUUCUAGCAGUGAAAACAGAGACGACACUAGCAGAUGUAUCUUCACCUGAUGCCCAUGAGGAUUUAUGAUCUACAUUCCAAAACAAGAGACCCUGAUAUCUGCCCCUUAAAUUAUUGGACUGAACAGUAACUACUGGAAAAGAUGUGUAAAUGGUAUUAAAUAAGUGCAGACUGCCAGUAUGAUUCUUCUUGGAAAUGGAAUGAACUGCCCUUACAACUGCAUUUCUUUUUAAAAUAUAAGCAAUUGCUACUUUUUGUACUGUCACUUUACUAUCUGGUAGAGGUGGUUGGAGGUAAAUAAACUACAAUACUCAUUUUAGUGUAUUUAGCUAAACUGAAGUAUAUAUUGCCCAGUCUAGCACAAAUUACUAUGUGGAACAAGAAAGAUACAGAAAGGAAUUGACAAACUAAAUACUUCUGGACCUGUGGACCUCUUUCUUUGAUAAGAACUUGUCUUUUCAGUACUGGUAAAGGGAAGAGGGUUGAUGGUGGGGUUUUUUUGUUUUUGUUUUUUGUUUUUUUAAAUAACCUUGUAAAUGAAAAUUGAAUGUCAAAUAUGACAUUCAAUAAAGAUUUAUUUUGACUGCUUUGUA